CGUUCCUGAGGGUCUGGGUUGGAUUUUAAAUAUUAUUUUUGGCUUAUUUUUCAAAAUCAACAAACUAACAGGUUAACACUUCUGCAAAAGCAGCUACAAAAGGCUCACUAUAUGGAAGUAUCAUGUACUGCAGAGAGACAGCAGCUAGGCUCCCACAAAACAGAUUGACAGUGCAAUUUAUUAUAGUAGCCUACUUUUUAAUCCUGACGAAGGCAAAAUAACUUUGAUUUAUUUGAAGCCUGGGGGUGCAUUCCUUUUAUUUAAAAAUGGUAGCAUAAAUUGCAUAGAACACUGCAAUGCAGUCAAAUCAGUCAUUCUGAUGCAUAAUACUUUUGCAUUUAGACUUGGAAUUUCACUAGGCUAACAUGAUCUUCUGCUAACAUUAUCAGCACGUGUUGUCAGUGUGUGGAGUACCGGGUCACUACGUUGUCAGGGUAAUGGACGCACACUGUGAAAAAAGGGCCUUUGCUGAUUGGCUUGCAAACUUGCGACAUCUCGAAUUCCGAUCGAAUCCUGACAUCUGAUUGGUCAGAUCGUGUAUCCCGUAUGAAGAAGCGGUUUUGGAGCCAUUCAGGGUUUACAACAGCAAAUCCCUGUGAUUUAUCCAGAUAACCUCACGUAAACUAUUUGAUAGCUACAGCUGUAACUAUUUCAUCCAUAAAGCGACAGAGGUUAGUGUGGCUGGUGUGCAGGCUGAGGAGGUGCAGCUUCAGCAGGGGGUGAGGGGAGGAGAGGGGGGAGGAGCUGUCUUUGGAGAACCAGCAGGAGCCAGGCCAUAUCAGUACACCAGCUCAGCUGCAGGAAGAGCAGGACCAGCAGGGCCUCACACUGGAGACAACAGAGGACCACACACAGCAUGCAGAGGUAGACUUACUGUGUGCCUAAGAGGGGAUGCGAUGUGAAUACUGAACACAAUGGAUGAGUGAAUGUCUGAUUGAAUCAAUGCAAGAUUUCUUGGGGUCUGGUUUUGUAGAGCAUCAUCUAAAACCUGCAGAGGAAGAUCACGUCACUAGAGGGCGCUAUCACCAAAGUGACACCUGUAAGACCACGACUGAUACCACUGUAUUGCAAUCUAAUUCAACAGGCAUAAAGAAAAUAGUAUAAUCAAUAGCCUACAUUUACCAUCCACCCUGGCUUCUGGGCUAUGUCUCAGGAUAGCGAGUCGGCAGACACUGAACCAAUAGAACUUGAGACCCAGUUGAACCCCACAGUAGAGCAGAAUCAGGAGCAGGACCUGCAGGCCUUACUUGACCAGUUGCACCAGGAGAGGGACAGUCAACAGACUGGUGCAGAAGCUCAGCCUCACAGAGAGAGAGCAGGUCCUGUUCACAGAGCCAGGCAGCAGGGGGAAACGUGGCUCUCGUCUGGACAGCUUCUUGCGGAGCGUGGAGGAGGAGAGGGACUACUACAGACAGGAAGCAGACAGCCUGAGGAGGAUGCUGAGGGGCAGGUGCUCCUGUAGCCCCUGUCGGGGGCACCUCCACAGCCGCAGCCCCACCCGCCAGUCCCCUGUCAAGGGGAGCAGCUAUGAUUCUGAGCUGAUCAGGGUCUUGAGAGAGCGGGACGAGAUGCAGAACAUGCUGGAUAAGUAUGAGCGCCACCUGUCAGAGAUCCAGGCCAACGUGAGAGUUCUGACUGCCGACAGAGACAAGACCAGCAUGCACUACCAGCAGGCCCAGCAGGAGAUAGCGUCGCUGCGUCGCGAGGUACUGAAAUCCAAGUCGUCGCGCGCAGCUAAGAGCAGUGUCACUGUGUCGGCUCAGAGCAUCCUGAAGCGCGUGGAGGCGGAGAGAGACGAGGCCAAGGUCGACCUCCACCAUAUGAGCACAGAGAGGGACAGUCUGAGGGAGAGACUCAAGAUCUCUCAGGAGACAGCCAUCAGUGAGAGGGCUCAUCUGGAGCAGAGGGUGGAGGACCUGCAGACAGCCAUUCUCACUCUGGAGCAUGAGCGGGGCGACCAGAAGAGCCGUCUUGCCCUGAUGAGGGAGUCCAUGAUGGGGCUGGAGGAGGAGGUCCACACCCUGGGCAGGAAGCUGACCGCUGCUGAGGACGAACACAGCAGGACCAGGAACGAGUGUGUCAUGCUGAGACUGUCCAACAGUGAGACACAGAACGCCCUGAGUGACAGCCAGCGCAGACUGACCUCCCGCAUCGGAGAACUACAGAACUCUCAGGAGAGGAACAAACUGCUGGACGAGAAGAACGACUCUCUACUGAGGCAGAUGUCUGGUCUAAGAGAGGAGGUGAGCAGUCUACAGUCCACCAUCACUGACCUGGACCAGAGGAGAGACUCCCUACAGGAGCAUCUGGAGAACAAGACUGACCUCCUUAACUCAGCCCACAACCAGCUGGACGACAAAGAGAAGAGCAUCAGGAAUCUCAGGUUGUCCAUUGAGGAUCUGGAGACAUCAGCAGAGAGCAUUCGUGAGGAGCUGGCAGGGCGGGAGAGGGAGCUGGAGGCUUUGAGGAGGAGGCUGGGGGAUGCGGGGGAGGAGCUGGG